GUAACAUGAGGUGGAGAGUGGGACUGCUGCUUCUGCUGGUCAUGGUCCUGAGUCUGGACCAAACUGGGGCCAAGGAAAAAGAGAAGAGACGAGCAAAGAGGAGACGAGACGGAGAUGGUAAACACAAAGAGAAGCGACACAAGCCCCUGAAGCUCAAACUGGUCCCCCCACCGAGUGUUUUGAUUGGUCCAGAGCCUCUGCUGAGGGAUCCCAGUAGUACUCAAUCCCAAGGCAGUGCUGUGAUUGGACAAGACUUGCAGGACAAUAUUCUGGAACUGUUUAAGACCGAGCCAGAUCUACAGUACCACAUAGAACCAGCGUUCGGCAAGCAGAGUUUAGCCAACAGCGUGGUAGAGAAGUGGGAGCAGCAGCAGAAGAGGAAAGACGAGGCCCGACGAAGAAAGAAGAGAAAGAGAGAAAAACAAAAGAGAAGAAAAGAACAGGCUCUGAGAAUACAGGUAAAAAAUGAACAGAAACAGUGGAAACAGAUGGAGGUGCAGCUGAGUGAACGGGAAGAUAUGGAGCUUCCAAAGGAGGGUGGGGAAGUGCAGGUGUGGCUCAGAGGAGACGUGUUUGAGAUGAACCAAAGCAAAGAAGAAACAAUCGAGCCUGCUCCCAUCCCGACUCCCCCGACCACAGAGGACCCACCAGAGGAAUCUGGUCCAGACUAUGAGCUGACCAAAGUCCAUGAGGAGGAGCUGGAGGAGAUCUUUGAGGACUCUGACUUAGACCCAGACUUGGAAGCAUCUGUGGACCAGGCUGGACUCCCUCAGGGCUGUGACAUCUCUGACGUCACAGUGUCGUGUGAAAACGCCAAACUGCAGCACUUCCCUCCUCUAUCCAUCCCAGAGCUCAAGUCUCUGAGUCUCGAAGGUAACAACAUCAGCAGCAUCCCCCCAGAGGCCUUUAAUGGGAUCCCAAAUCUGGAGUGGAUCAAUCUGAAGAAGAACAGGCUUACAUCUGCAGGGAUCCACCCACUCGCCUUCAGGAGGCUGAAGUUUCUGACACGGCUGUAUCUGGAUGGGAACCUUCUGGAGAUUGUUCCCCCUGGAAUCCCCUCCACUCUCCAGGAAUUAAAGAUCAACGAGAACCAACUACAGAGCAUCCAGGAGACCAGCCUCAAAGGUCUGAGCAGCCUGGUUACUCUGGAGCUGGAGGGGAACCGGCUCAAUGAAGGCAGCAUGAGUCAUGGUGCAUUUAAGGACCUGUCGGAGCUGUCAUACCUCAGACUGGGGAGAAACUAUUUCAGGGCUGUGCCUCAGGGACUGCCUCCAAGUCUACAGGAGCUGUAUCUGGAGCACAACAGGAUUGAGGAGAUUUCUGAGACAGUUUUUAACCACACUCAGAGUUUAACUUUGAUCUCACUAAGGAACAAUAAACUGGAGGAGAGCCGUAUCGCUCCACUUGCCUGGAUACACCACAGGUCUCUGGAGUCGUUGGACCUGUCUCAUAACGAGCUGCACCUUGUUCCUUCAUUCCUGCCUCAGUCUCUGGUUCACCUGGUGUUAGUGGGAAACCACAUCGAGAGGAUCCCAGGUUAUGUGUUCGCACACAUGUCCCCGGGCCUGGAGUACCUGUAUCUCUCCUAUAACAAACUUGACGGAGAGGGAUUCGAACCCGAGUCCUUCUUUGGAACGUAUCAGUCUAUGGUGGAACUGUGUUUGGACCAUAACCAACUCCUCAACGUCCCAUCAGGAAUCAACGAGAUGACCAACCUGCACUUUCUCAGGCUCAACAACAAUAAAAUCAGGAGGAUCCCAGAGGACAGCCUGUGUGACCCAGGUCUGAAUGGAGAGGGCACUUUAGUUGCGGUUCAUUUGGACAAUAACUUCAUCGACCCAGACACUGUCUCUCCCUCUGCUUUCUCGUGUGUGAGGGCCUCCUCCAGUGUGGUGCUCAAGCCUCAGCACAGCACGAAGAAACAGCCACCACAACACCACGACUGAAGAUCUUCAGAGAGAGACUGUAGACAAGCAGAACUAUUACCA